CUCGAUUUUUUUCAUUCGUUUCGGCCAAGUUUCGGCGACGUUUCGGAUCGGUGUUCGGUGGUUUUGGAGAAUUUUCGAUUUCUCAAACCGAUCAAAUGUUUCUCAGCCAGUUUUUCAAAAAAUAAGUUAAUUCUUUCUUAUUUUCAGUAAAUAUCAUUUUUAGUGCCGAGAAUAUAAUAAUCCUAUCAAAAUGGCUAGUGUAUCGUAUCAAAUAGCGAAUCUGCUGGAGAAGAUGACAUCUAACGACAAAGACUUUCGGUUUAUGGCUACAAAUGACUUGAUGACUGAGUUGCAAAAAGAUAGUAUAAAGCUCGAUGACGACUCUGAGAGGAAGGUUGUGAAGAUGCUGCUGCGCCUGCUCGAGGAUAAAAACGGUGAGGUGCAGAACUUGGCGGUCAAAUGCCUUGGCCCACUUGUAAACAAAGUUAAAGAGUACCAAGUAGAAGGAAUAGUAGAGACUCUUUGUGUGAACAUGCUGUCUGAGACAGAGCAACUGCGAGACAUAAGCAGCAUUGGCCUUAAGACGGUCAUAUCUGAACUGCCACUAGGUUCUAACACCCUAGCUGCUAAUGUUUGUAAGAAGAUUACUGGACGGCUGAGCAGUGCUAUUGAAAAGCAAGAAGAUGUGUCUGUCCAGCUGGAAGCUCUGGAUAUUUUAGCAGACCUGUUGAGCAGGUUUGGAGGUCUACUGAUAUCAUUCCAUCCCAUGCUCCUCAACUCAUUGCUACCUCAACUUGCUUCUCCACGUCAGGCAGUUCGCAAACGCACGAUAGUCGCUCUGUCGCAUUUAGUGAUGUCCUGCAAUGCUGAUCUGUAUAAGAAGCUCAUUGAUCACUUACUGGAGGGCCUUAGCGCAUCUACCUCUUCCUCUGUCACACGUACACACAUCCAGUGCAUUGCAUCCAUAUGCCGUCAAGCCGGGCACAGAUUCGGCGAGCAGUUGGACCGCGUCGCGCCGCAAGUGCUCGAGCAUUCCACCAAGGCAGAUGAGGAGUUGCGUGAACAUUGCCUGCAGGCCCUCGAGGCAUUCGUACUUAAAUGUCCUAAAGAAGUCCAGCCACAUAUUUCUACUAUUAUCGAGCUCUGCUUGAAGAUGAUCACGUACGAUCCCAACUACAACUACGAAGACGAGGAGGGCGGCGGCGGCGAGGAUGAGGAAAUGGAAGACGAGUCCUUCACUCCCGAUGCCGAGCCUGAGUCUGAUUCCGAGGAGUACUCUGAUGAUGACGACAUGUCUUGGAAGGUAAGGCGAGCUGCCGCUAAGUGCUUGGAGUCGGUUAUCGCUACUCGGCACGAAUUACUUGCCGAUAUGUACCAAACUGUAUCUCCCGCUCUGAUUGCCAGGUUCAAAGAACGUGAAGAGAAUGUGAAAUGCGACAUUCUGAGUGCGUACACGGCAUUGCUGCGCGCAACCCGCCCGCCGCCCUCGCUGCAGAUGCCCAUCGCACCCGCUGAUAACUCCCCACAAGCCCUACUCCUACAAAGGGUGGCGGGCGUGGUGCGCGGCGCGCUGCGCGUGAUCCGCGGGCGCUCGGUGCGCGCGCGCGGCUGCGCGCUGGCGCUGCUGCGCGAGCUGCUGGCCGCCGCGCCCGGCUGCCUGCGGGACCACGCCGACCGCGUGCUGCGGGCGCUCACGCCCGCGCUCACCGACAAAUCGACAGCGUCGUCAAUGAAGAUCGAAACUCUCGUGUUCAUCGUAUGCCUGGUGCGUGGUCACCCGGGCGAGACGAUGCGCGCGCACGUGGCCACGCUCAUGCCGGCCGUCAUCGCCUGCGUGCACGACCCAUUCUAUAAGGUCACUGCUGAGGCGCUCAGGGUGCUGCAGACACUUGUUAAAGUCAUCCGUCCACUUGACGCAGUAGUGAUCACAGAGGGCGAGGAGGCCCAAGUGCAGCCGCCGCCGGAGGACCUGCAGCGGUUCAUACCAGAGAUGUAUCAAUGCACUCUAGUGCGCCUGCGCGCCACCGACAUGGACCAGGAGGUGAAGGAACGAGCCAUCGCCGCCUGUGGACAGCUGCUGUGUCACUUCGGGGAUUAUUUAGAGAGCGAACUUCCCGUCUGUCUGCCAAUAUUCUUAGAACGUCUUCGCAACGAAAUAACGAGACUGACUACCGUCAAAGCGCUAACGAAGGUGGCUUCCUCACCUCUGCGUAUUGAUCUCUCACCUAUUAUGUCUGAUGCUGUGCCAAUUCUUGGAUCCUUCCUGAGGAAGAAUCAGAGAGCUUUGAAAUUGUCCACUCUGGUGUUGUUGGAUACGCUGGUUCAGAACUACAGUGACUCUAUCAGCAUAGAGUUGCUAAGCAAGGUGCUAAUGGAAGUGCCGCCUCUAAUCUGCGAGGCGGACCUGCACUGCGCGCAGACGGCGCUGACGCUGGUCCGCGACGCGUGCCUGUCCUGCCCCGCCGCGCUCAGCGACGACGUGCGCCGCGCGCUCACGCCCAACAUACUCGCGCUCGCCAAGUCGCCGCUGCUGCAAGGUGGAGCUCUCAAGGCAAUGCUGGGCGUGCUGAGCGCGCUGGUGUCAGCGGACGUAGCCGGGUGCUCGCGCCGGGACCUGCUGGCGCUGCUGGUGGCGCCUGUCACGCGCCUGCACGAUCACACCGCCACGCCGCACCACAUGAAGCAGGCGUUCCACUCGCUGGCGAAGUGCGUGGGCGCGGUGGUGGUGGAGGGCGGCGCGGACGCGCUGGACGUGGUGCGCGGCUUCCUGCGCGACGCCGAGCGCCCGCCCUCCGACGCGCACCACAUGUUCGCGCUGCUCGCGCUCGCGGAGAUCGGCAAGCACUUAGAUCUGAGUGAGAUCCCAAACCUGAAGGAAGUGCUGCUGAGCUCGUUCACGCCGUCUUCGGAGGAAGUAAAGUCGGCAGCUAGCUAUGCGCUUGGCUCCGUCGCCGUGGGCAACCUACCCGAGUUCCUGCCCUUCAUACUUGAGCAAAUCGAGGCGCAACCCAAACGGCAAUACCUCUUGCUGCAUUCUUUGCGAGAGAUAAUUUCGUGUGAAUCGUGCACGCCGGAAGGAGUAGAAGCCCUAAGGCCCUUCAUUCCGGAGAUAUGGGUGCAGCUCUCUAAACAUUGUCAGUGCGUGGAGGAAGGAUCUCGUAAUGUCGUCGCAGAAUGUUUAGGAAAAUUAUGCCUGCUAGAACCACAAUCACUAUUGCCGCAUAUUAAAGAAUUCUUGAAGUCACCGGAGCCUCUCACUAGGACAACCGCUGUUACGGCAGUCAAAUUCACAAUUUCUGAUCAGCCACAAGCGAUCGACCCUCUGCUGCGCAGCUGCAUGUCGGAGCUGCUGGUGCCGCUGCAGGACCCGGAGCUGGGUGUGCGGCGCGUGGCGCUGGUGGCGUUCAACUCGGCCGCACACAACAAGCCCAGCCUCGUGCGGGACCUGCUGCCGCAAGUGCUGCCUACUAUCUACAGCGAGACCAAAGUUAAGAAAGAGCUUAUUCGUGAAGUAGAGAUGGGUCCGUUCAAGCACUCUGUGGACGACGGGUUGGACCUGCGUAAGGCGGCGUUUGAGUGCAUGUACACUCUGCUGGGCACCUGCCUGGACCGCCUCGAUGUGUUCGAGUUCCUGCGCCACGUGGAGGACGGACUCCGCGACCACUAUGACAUUAAGAUGCUCACCUACCUCAUGUGCGCGCGGCUCGCUCAGUUGUGUCCCACUGUUGUAUUACAAAGGCUAGAAAGCCUAGUGGAGCCGCUCAGGGCGACGUGCACGAUGAAGGUGAAGGCCAACUCAGUGAAGCAGGAAUACGAGAAACAGGACGAGCUCAAGCGGUCCGCGCUGCGAGCCGCCGCCGCCUUGCUGCAGAUACCCGAUGCUGAGAAAAAUCCCCACUUGAUGGACUUCGUGACACAAAUCAAGUCGUUCCCGGACCUGCAGCCGAUCUUCGAGUCAAUCCUGAAGGACCAGUCGGGCGGCGGCGGCGUCGACGCCAACCUCAUGGACCAGAGCUAGCCGUCGCGCUGACAAACGCAUUUCUACUAGUUCAACACGCUCUUCGAGAGGUUACAUUGUUUUUAUUUACGUUUAUUUUGUUGUUUGAUCUUUGUACCGAAUAUUUAUCUGCGAGCAAAUUGUUAAAAUCGUCCGAAAUUGAAUAGUUAAAUGGUUUUUCGUAUAGAUGUCGCUUUCAUUGAACUAAGUACUGUAGUAAGUCUAGUUAAUAAGUUUUAAAAUGAGACAAGUUAAUCAUCAAUCAACAAUUUUAUUAUAAAAUUACAAGUACACAACUACAAACGUUGCUAACAAACUCCCGACGUGUUGUAAGGUCACACGUCAACGAACCUGGCGAUACUCAGCUGGGGCACUAGGGAAGUAGGGACUGAGCGGUCACUGCCGGUGUAGCGUGGCGCUCACGGCAGCCUUGUGUAACUAUCGAUAGCUCAACUGUUCAUAGUGUAGGAUUUCAUGCGUGUCUCUGAUAGUUAUACAAAAUAAUAAUAUUGAUAUGUAUUGUGAUAUUACAUGCUAUGUGGAAAUCAUAGGAGAAUGGAUAAAUACAGUAAAAUGAAGCGAAA